CCACAGUUCGGGGGCCUUGUCGAUGAGUCCCAGGCAUUUGGCCUGAGCUUGAGGGAACCCAGCAAGUUCAUGGAAUAUGCAGUCUUCGAUGGCAUCCUGGGCCUGGGCUACCCCAGCCUCGGCCUCGGAGGGACCCUCCCCAUCUUCGACAACCUGUGGAAACAAGGUCUCAUUUCUGAGGAGCGCUUCGCCUUCUACUUGAGCAAAAAGGAGGAGGAGGGCAGUGUGGUGAUGUUCGGCGGUGUGGACCACUCCUACUAUAGCGGAGAGCUCAACUGGGUGCCCGUGUCCAAGGCCCUCUACUGGCAGUUGUCCGUGGACAGCAUCUCCAUGAACGAGAUGGUUAUUGCUUGUGAUGGUGGCUGCGAGGCCAUUAUUGAUACCGGAACCUCGUUGCUGAUUGGCCCAUCUGACGUUGUCUUCAACAUACAGAAGAUCAUCGAUGCCAAGCAGUCCUACAGUGGCGAGUACAUAAUUGACUGUGACGCCGUCAGCACCCUGCCUGACAUCGUCUUCACCAUCAACGGCAUCAACUACUCAGUGCCAGCCAGUGCCUACAUCCGGGAGGAUCAUCAGGGCACCUGCUACAGCAACUUUGACGAAGGCAAAGGCGGCUUGUUGCUCUCGGACUCCUGGAUUCUGGGUGAUGUCUUCCUGAGGUUGUAUUUUACCGUCUUCGAUCGAGGGAACAACACGAUUGGCCUGGCUCCGGCAGUGUAAAUGCUGGAGCUGCUUCAGGAAGCAACCACGCCCACCCACCCC